GGGGCGGGGAGAAAAGCAGCUGAUGGGGUUUUUUUGUGGGGGGAGAGAAUUGCAGCAGCGACAGCAAGAGGAGGGAAAGGGAAACUUGGGAAGAUUUCGCCGUGGAAGAAGCUGAUCCUUUCUAAUGGAGCAGACGGGGUUGCAAAGAGAGAGGGAAAUCCUUUGAAAAUCCGUGAGGGGGCUCUGUUAACAAAAGGGAGGAACUACGGCGGGGGCGAGCAGAGCAGAGCAAAGGGAACUAUGCAAGCAGAGGCUGCUUCGGUCGCUGCUGCUGUUGCUGCUGGAGUCGCCAGGCUGGAGUUUCCCAAGAUGAGAACAGAAGGCAGAUGGGGGGACAGGCCGGCUACUGCCAUUGAGCAAGGUAGACUGCAGUCAUGCCAUGUGCUGACACAAUGACAGCGAACACAGUCGCCAGCGUGAGCAUCAAGCCUAAGACCAGUGUUUGCAACGCUAUUGAGAGGAGCAGGUUUAAAAGUCUAAAUAAUACAACCACAAAGGCAGAACUUUGGUGCAGGCCUUCAAAGAGGAAGUGCUCAGAGACUGUUACCAUCACGCCCAAACUGGUACAGAAAGCAGAGCCAUCUCCUGUGGUAGAGAGCACACUGAAGGCACUGGAGAACUUGAUGUUGGAUCCGAGGAUAGACUGCAUUCAGCAGAACAUGCUCAGUCCCAAGAUGAUCAUUGGCGACCCUUCUGUAGAACUAAACAUCCGAGAAAGCAGCAAGAUUAUAAGGAAGCAACUGGGAGGUGCUCCAAGCCUGCGGGCUGUUGGGAAAGCAAGUUUGAAAAGCAAGCCUUCGAGCAUCAAGGACAAGAUUUCGGAGUGGGAAGGCAAGAAGGAAGCUCUGUCUCCUGCGUUGGCGUGGAAGGAGGAAGAGCAAGGAGUUAAAGAGGAGCUCAGUUCGUUUUUGGGCGCGGUGGAGAAGAUGACCAGGGAAAAUGCAGCGGUGAGGGACGUGGACGCCAAGAGGCUUGUAAACUGGCAGCUGGAAUGCAAAGGCGCGAGCAAAGAGAACGAGAGGAGAAUCGGGGUGCUGAAAUGUGUUGGAGAGAGGAAAGCAGACAUGAAGCUGAAGGAAGAUGAACCCGCAUCCAACACUGGCAGGAGCACCGAGUUGAAGGAAGGGAAGAAAGAGGUCCAGAAGGAGAAUGUGUCUGUCCUGAGUCAGGUCAAGAAGCUGGAGCAGGCCUUGAAGGGAGGAGCAUCGGCAGAGCUGCAGCCCCAGUUGCCAGGUACUUACUAUUCCCCGCACUGCCUGCAAGAGAAGGCGGACGAGGGGCAGAGUCCCUCUGAAGGCCAGGAAAGCCGGACGGAGCUUGGGAAACGGCUUCUCAGCUGGGACUCCGAAGCUGGUGAGCCUAUCUUUGGGACUCUGGAAGAGGUGAAAGCGUCCCGUGCAAAAUGCAAGCCCGGGAAUGAGGAAAAUGUCUACACAGAGCCAGGAUUGCUUGAUAAGAAGCCUUUUAUCAAUCCGCUGCCCAAGCCUCGGCGGACUUUCAAGCACGAGGGCGAAGAGGGAUGGAUUCCGCCAGUUAGGAAUAAGCGAAAUUUGCCCCCUCUGCCUUCUAUUCCACCUCCUCCCCUCCCUUCUUCACCCCCUCCUUCGGCCGUCAGCAGAAGACUGAGGAAUGGGAAGCAUAAGGCGAACACAGAUCACAGGAAGUCCUAUGAGUUUGAAGAUUUGUUGCAGUCCUCUUCCGAGAAUGGCCGGGUAGAUUGGUAUGCCCAGACCAAGCUGGCCCUAACACGCACUUUAUCAGAGGAAAAUGUCUAUGAAGAUAUUUUAGAUCCACCAGCAAAAGAGAACCCCUAUGAAGAUAUUGAGACAAAUAGCCGCUGCUUGGGGAAGAAAUGUGUCCUGAACUUCCAAGCGUCUCCUUCAUCUUCGGUCCCUGGCACACCCACAAAGCUGCUCUCCAAGCCCAUCUUCUUUCGGCAGAAUUCAGAACGGCGGAGUUUCAAGCUAUUAGACAUACGGAAAUCAAACCGAGACGGGACAUGUUCUCCUUCCAGAAUCAGUCCCCCUUCCACCCCUAGUAGCCCUGACGAUACUUUCUUCUCCUUGGGUGAUACUCAAAAUGGCAAGAGGAGGAGAAAAAUUCCUAAGCAGCUGGUGUUAAAAAUCAAUGCCAUCUAUGAAGCGCGAAGAGGGAAGAAGCGAGUCAAGAGGUUGUCACAGUCCACAGAGAGCAGCUCAGGAAGAGUUACAGAUGAGAAUAGCGAAUCGGACAGCGACACUGAAGAGAAGCUUAAAGCUCACAGCCAGCGCCUGGUUCAUGUGAAGUCUCGCCUGAAACAAGCCCCCAGAUACCAAACCUUGGAGCGGGAUCUCAUCGAGUACCAAGAAAGGCAACUCUUUGAGUACUUCGUAGUGGUCUCGUUGCACAAGAAGCAGGCUUGUGCCCCGUAUGUCCCUGAAGUCACCCAGCAGUUUCCAUUAAAGGUGGGCCAUCUUGAACGUUCCUUCAAAUUCAUGAGGGAAGCAGAGGACCAGCUAAAAGCCAUCCCUCAGUUUUGCUUCCCUGAUGCUAAAGACUGGACACCCGUCUGCCAGUUUAGCAGUGAGACUUUCUCAUUUGUCUUGACUAGUGAAGAUGGCAGUCGAAGGUUCGGAUACUGCAGAAGGCUACUGCCCAGUGGGAAAGGGAAGAGACUUCCUGAAGUUUACUGCAUUGUGAGCCGUCUUGGAUGUUUCAACCUCUUUUCUAAGAUCUUGGAUGAGGUUGAGAAAAGGCGUGGGAUUUCGCCUGCUUUGGUACAGCCCCUUAUGAGAAGCGUGAUGGAGGCUCCUUUUCCAGCUCUGGGCCGAACCAUCAGCAUCAAGAACUUCCUGCCUGGCUCCGGGACAGAAGUGAUAGAGCUGCGCCGACCACUUGACUCGAGGCUCGAGCACGUUGACUUUGAGUCCCUGUUCUCCUCGCUCAGCAUCCGGCACUUAAGCAAAGUCUUUGCUUCCCUGCUGCUAGAGAGGAGGGUGAUAUUUAUAGCAGACAAACUCAGCACCUUGUCGAAAUGCUGCCAUGCCAUGGUGGCCCUUCUCUAUCCCUUCACGUGGCAGCACACCUACAUCCCUGUGCUUCCCCCUUCGAUGAUUGACAUCGUGUGCUCGCCAACCCCCUUUCUGAUCGGCCUGCUCUCCAGUUCGCUGUCCCGCCUCAAGGAGCUGCCCGUGGAAGAGGUCCUUGUGGUUGACCUUGUGAAUAACCGGUUUCUCAGGCAGAUGGAAGAUGAGGACUCUAUUUUACCUCGGAAGUUGCAAGCAGCGCUCGAACACAUCCUGGAGCAAAGGAACGAGCUGGCAAGUGACAAGGAAGAGGGCGCUCCCAACGGCAAGCAAGAGUCCAGCCCCUUGAACGAAGUGGUGUCAGAAGCGUUUGUCCGCUUCUUUGUGGAGAUUGUGGGGCACUACUCCCUCUUCCUGACUCCCUCCGAGAGGGAAGAGAGGACCCUGCAGCGGGAGGCCUUCCGAAAGUCGGUCUCUUCCAAGAGCCUCCGGCGUUUCUUGGAGGUCUUCAUGGAGACGCAAAUGUUUGGAGGCUUCAUUCAGGAGCGAGAGUUGCGGAAACAGGGUGCUAAAGGUUUGUUUGAGGUACGUGCCCAAGAGUACCUAGAAACCCUUCCCAGCGGAGAGCAGAGUGGAGUCAAUAAAUUCCUGAAAGGGUUAGGUAGCAGAAUGAAAUUUCUCCACAAGAAAUGAGACCUUAGAGUGCCACUGUUGCAGGGAGAAGUGAUUUCUUUCACAGUUCAGCAGACGGAAAAUGGACCCAUUUUUCCCCCAUUCCCAUUUUGCCUGCUCCCAAGGAGGGGAAAGCCCAACCCAGGAAGCAGGGUGUCCGGGAGUUGUGCUUAGAUGAAGAGCUGGCCUCUGGUCUCCUAGAAUGGCGCUAAGGGGGACACAGCGAAGAGGCUGCUGGGGGGACGGGACUCUCAGCUUCGACCAAGAACAUGCACUGGACAAAGCAUUCUCGAGACUCUCUCCAUUGGCGCUUUGCAGAUUUCAUGGUGGUUUGGGAUUUGUUUUUUUCCCUAUUUCUUAGCUAUUAAACAUUUUGAAAUGUUGUUUUUUAUUUAUAUUGAGGUUAAGAAGAGUAUUAGCCAAUGACACUUGCCCCGGGCUCCUCUCUCAAAUGGCAGCAAGGAGGUUGCUGGAUGGAAGCUGCAUUAACCUGGACUCUCAGAUACUGACGGGGACCAUAUGAUGAAAAGGGGGCGAAGCAGGAGGCCGUUAGAGGGAAGGUGAGGCAGGGGAACCACUGAGUCUGCUGAGAAUUUGAUACCCACUCCAGCAACCACUAUGGGAUGGAAGAUUUGCCGUCCCUCCUAGUGGGCAUCCUUUCUCGGAGUAAGCUGAGAGGCUGAUGCGAUGUAAUUAAAAGUGAGUGAUGUUAAAGAAAA